AUGGAAACCGGCCAAUACGCAUCCUGGAGCGAGCUCUUUAAAAUACAAUGUCGGGCGUUUCUUGUGAUUGAUCACCUCUCUCCCAAACCAGCCCAAACCACUGGUUCUUCCUCCUCUACUGUCGAUAAAGAAAAGACCACCACACCGCCAAUCGAAUCCUCAUGGGAUCGUCUUGACGCCAUUGUCUUACAAUGGAUAUAUAGCACUAUUUCAAAUGAUCUCUUGCACAACAUCCUUAAGCCCAACACAACCGCCUACGAGGCUUGGAAGACGCUCAAAAAUAUUUUUCAAGAUAAUAAAAGUAGCCGUGCUAUUCAUCUUCUACAAAAGUUUUCCAAUACCCGCCUAGAUGGUUACCCGUACAUGUCUGCUUAUUGUCAACAACUAAAGGUUCUCGCCGAUCAGCUAGCUAAUGUUGGAUCCCCGGUCGACAACGAACACCUAGUUCUCCAACUACUCUCUGGGCUCAACGAACAAUAUGAAGGAAUUGCCACCAUAAUCCAACAACAAGACCCGUUACCGACCUUUUAUGAUGCCCGUUCAAAAUUAAUCAUGAUAGAAAGUCGCAAGGCUGAACAGGCUCUUCACACGGCUCAAGCCGCAGGCACCGCUCUCCAUGUGCACACCUCUCGGCCUCAACCGAACACUACCAACACUACUGAUUAUCGGUCCACUGCUGCACCCGAUUAUCGGACCGAAGGUUCGGAUCGGAACCGGGGGCGAGGACGGUCCCGUGGCAGAGGUUGUGGACAUGGAAAUUACGGCCGCGGUCGGGGUAAUCGUAUGUCGGGUAAUAGCGUUAAUCCCUAA